AUGGCAUCCCAUAAUUUUCUUUUCUUUGGAAUCUUGAUUGCAAUUUGUUCAGUUGUUUUGGCAUCUGACCCCAGCCCUCUUCAAGAUUUUUGUGUUGCUGACCCCAAUGGCCCAGUAUUUGUAAAUGGUCAUGCAUGCAAGGAUCCAAAGCUUGUACAGGCAAAUGAUUUCUUCUUAAGUGGUCUUCACUUACCAGGCAACACAUCAAAUGCAGUAGGAUCAAGAGGGACCCCCUGCAACUGUGGCUCAAAUNGCAUUCGUGUAGACUAUGCACCAUGGGGAAUCAACCCUCGAGCAACUGAAAUUUUGACAGUAAUUGAAGGCACUCUUGAAGUGGGAUUUGUCACUUCCAACCCCGAAAUCCUCUCAUCACGAAAAAGCUCGAAAAGGGUGAUGUUUUUGUUUUCCCAGUGGGGCUUGUCCAUUUCCAACGUAACGUCGGAUAUGCAAAUGCCGUUGCCAUUGCAGCUCUUAGCAGCCAAAACCCUGGUGUUAUUACAAUUGUAA